GGCCUAGCAGAAGCAGCAGGUGCACCCUCCUCAGCAUCCCGGCUCCGCCCUCCCUCUGCUCACCAUAGGCUGGGUGGAUUUAAGCGGGCCCGCCGGAAUGAUGAGGACUUUCUGACCUUGACUGAUAUCAAAACUCGACGGCUUUCAAGUUUCACAGGAGCAGACAGUGGAGUUGUCCCGUGCGUCUUUUUGGUCAGAGAUGAACCCCGACGUGGAUUACGGAGGCUCCGGCAGCAGCGGCAACGGCAAGCUGCGCCAGUGGCUCAUCGAGCAGGUGGACUGCGGGAAAUAUCCCGGUCUGGUUUGGGAGAACGACGAAAAGACCAUCUUCAGGAUACCGUGGAAACACGCCGGGAAACAGGACUACAACCGGGAUGAGGAUGCCGCGCUUUUUAAGGCCUGGGCGCUGUUCAAAGGCAAGUUUCGGGAGGGCAUCGACAAACCCGACCCGCCGACAUGGAAGACACGCCUGCGCUGCGCCCUCAACAAGAGCAAUGACUUUGAGGAACUGGUGGAAAGGAGCCAGCUGGACAUCUCGGACCCCUACAAAGUUUACCGCAUCAUCCCGGAGGGCGCCAAGAAAAGACCCAGACAGGAGGACAGUCCUCUGAGCCCAGGGAGCUUUCAGAUGCAUCCCUCCUACCCCUCUGUGCCGACUCAGAUGCCACAGUACAUGGCGAGUCCAGAAUGUGGCUGGAGAGAUUACUGUCAGGAGCAGGCCUCUCUGCCCGAGCUGCCCUUCACUCAGUGUCCCUGUCCGCCCCGCACCCUGCCAUGGCAGGGCUCGUCCAUGGAAAAUGGAUACCAGCUAAGAGCCUCAAUUUACUCAUACGGUCCAGCUGAGAGUCAGCCCUCGCCUUUCACACUGGACGCCAGCAUCAGAUCAGCAGAGGCACUUUCAGACUUCCGUCUGCACGUGUCCGUAUAUUUCCGGGACACUCUGGUGAGAGAAGUGACCACUUCCAGUCCGGAUGGCUGCCAUAUCACUCCGUGCAACCCAGAGAAGCACUACCUGACGCCUGGAGGUCAUGAGUUGGUGCCCCUGCCUGUUGACAGCCUAUCAUCCCAGAGGAGGCCAGACGAGUGUCCUCCGAGUCCACCGGCCAGCCUAGAAAGGGGAGUGUUGCUGUGGAUGCGAGCAGACGGGCUCUACGCCCGGAGGCUGUGCCAGAGCAGGGUGUACUGGCAGGGAAGCCCGUCGCCGUAUGGAGACAAACUUAACAAGCUGGAGAGAGAUGUCACCUGUAAACUGCUCCACACGCAGGACUACCUCACAGAGAUUCAGAGCUACGGGCUACGACCGCCGUCACGCUUCCAGGUCCUUCUGUGUUUCGGAGAUGAGUGUCUGGACCCACAGAGACAAAGAAGGACCCUCACUGUGCAGGUGGAGCCUCUGUUCACCAGGCAGCUCCUGUACUACGCCCAGCAGCCGGGCAGCCACUACUACCGCAGCUAUGAGCACCCAGGAGACCACAUAAACGCCUCCGAGGACUACCAGAGGGCCAUCACACAUCACCACAGCAGCAGCCUGCCUGAGUGAACUUUGGGGGUUUAAGUGACUGUUGGAAAUGUCACGAUGACAUUUUACACGACAGGCAAGGAAACUCUGAGAUGAGGACAAAGUGGACAGUGGUAUACAAAAAAUGAUGGACAUUAAGUCAGCAACCAUCUGCCCAGUAUGGUUUUUGUAUCUGUGUGUGCAUGUAUGUGGUGUGUAUGUGUGUAUGUGUGUCUUAAGUCAACAUUGCAGUGUUAUUUUUACCCUUUUUGUAUUCUUUUGGGCAUAAUGAGUAUUUUCAUGCUUACUCGUAGACAGUAUUAAAAAUGAAAGUGUUAAAGUAUUAAAGAUGAUUGUGAUGUCAUCCACCGGUUUCUAAAGUUCCAUUUCGAAGCCUCGCGAUGAACAUUUUCAUUAUCGCUAGCUUAGUUUGCUAACGACUUGUCACUUAAAAGCUGUUAGCCAAUGAGCAUACCAUUUUAAACAUAGUGAUCAAGAUUUCUAAAAAAUGUCACGUUUUUUUAUUCAAUGUGAACCAAAAUAAGUGACUAGGACAAUAAACACAUCAGGAAAGUGUUUACAGAGGUCAAGACAGAAAGCUAUUUUCCCGAAGACUUUGAUAUAAUAGGAAGUCUUUUUGCAGUCGCAAGUAUCGCCAUCUGGUGUCUUUCAGAUAUGCAGGUUUAAGGCACUUGGCGCAUUAGCUUCAUUUUUCGGACCCAGAGGUCGUAUUUUUGUACUGUCUAUGUGCUUACUAUGCAAAUGAAACUGACAGCUGAGGUGAUUGUAUCAUAGAAAACUGUGAGCGAAAGUUUUGUGCCUUAAAAAAAAUUAGCAACUGAACUUAAUCACUUUCUAUGGCAAUAGUUAAAUUAGAAGAUCUCUAGCAUUCACAAACCACUCCAAUCCAGGCAACGACUAGUAGUUGGUUAGCUAAGAUUAGCCUAGCUUGGCUUAGUUAUAGACUAGAAAAAAUUAAUAAGAGAAACAGAGUCUGUCUGAAAACCAGUAAACAUGUUAUUUAGCGUAGAAACUGCAUGUUCAGAAAAGAGCACAACAAUUGUAAAUCACCUGUAAAACUAACCACACCAAUGAGGUGUCUAUUUGGGGAUUGUGCGCAUGUGCUAUUUUGUCACAUUUAGUAAAUCUGGCCCAUAACUUACAAAUAAUUAAGCUCAAGAAUCUAAUUUUAUAUCUGGACAAAACUAUGGAAGAAUUUUCAGACUUUGUGCUAAGUUAAUAUAAGCUAAUAUAAGCUAAUAACCAAAACCAUAGCUAGCCACUGCUAGCUAAGGAGCUACUGGCUCCAGUUUGAUGUUGUUGUUUUUGUAUUCAACUAUCUGUUAUCAUACUUCUUCAUUUGACUGUCUGCAAGAAAGUGAAGUAAAAGAGCUUUUUAUUUUUCAGUUAAUUUUUAAAAACAUUUUUCCUUGUAAAUACAUUUCUGUUAGGAGACACUAUCACCAUCAUUUAGUAAAUUAUGAAUGGAGUCUUGUGCCUGGUUGUGUUUAUGUAUGUGUGUGUGUGAGAGAGAGCAACUCAGGGAGCUGAUUUUAGAUAAGCUUUUUUAACUCAAUUUUAUAUCAAAUAGUGAUGUUAAAUGUGACUGUUAUAUAGCAGAUCUGAGAAAGAGUUAAAGUGAACAUUUGUUGUUUUUUUAAAGUGUCAUUUCCUUCAAAAAUAAAUAAAUAAAUGACUAAAAACG